GGAAUCCCAGUGUGACCGUGGCUCCAAACUGUGACUCUGACUCAGAAUUACCAGUUCACCAGAAACCAGAUCCUCCAACCCCGUUGUCCCUCCUCAGCCAGUCUAUGAUGGAUCAGGAGGCUCUUAAUGAAAUCGAUGAUUCAAAGGAAAAUAGAAAUGAGAAUGUGUAUCKUUCACAUAACUCGGGGAUGCGUGCAAUCAAAAGGGCCAGUGCACGGAAAAUGAAACUGCAGUCUCAGGGUAGAAGCUUGCAGCAACAAAAAGUUCCUCAUCGCCGAUAUUAUCAGGAAGAUGUUCCUGUGACGCCCUGCAGAUCAGAAAGAGCACCUGACCAACAAGCUCUUAAUGCCACUGUGGCUGUUCGACGURUUCGGUCCAAGCGGAACGAGUCACCGAAAACCAACGAAGAAACGUCSGUUUCUCAAGUCCUGAAUCCUGAACUUUCCUCUAAUCAAUCAGGAAGAAGCAGCGGUCGUGCCAGGAAGUGUCUUUCUCUCAGCUCAGAACUGGACGGCUCCUCUGUCACCUCCACUGGAGACCAGUCCAGUCUGGGCCUGCUGCAGGCCAUGUUGGGUCAGGUUGAAGCAGACCUGGAAACUCUUAUUCCUCAUUCAGAACCAGGAUCAUCGGAGGGUCCAAAACACCACAGAACACAAGGCCUCACGGGGUUCUCUGUGGCCUUGGUCUCCACACUUGGACGGUUAGUCCACGUCCUCAAACAGUCUUUGUGUCAGAGGGAAGCCGAAGCUCAGGAAGAGGCCGAGGAAAAAAGAAAACUGCAGAAGGUGCUCCAGGAGCAGCGGGGGCUCAUCGAUGCUCUCACAGCUGAAACCAUGACUCUGAGGGAGGAGACGACAGCCCUGCAGGCAGGACUGCAGCAGCAGGCAGYGGAGCAGGAGCAGAGGUUGGACGCGGUGGUGCUGGCGAUGGGAAGACUUGGGCUGCUGGGUGGACACGAUGCCGGACAUGCAAAGUCUAACGUUUGUCAGUCGGCUCCUGAGAAAACACAAGCUCGUGUUUCUCCYGCUGUCCUGCUUUCCCCACCACAACAGAGCGAUAACUGGCAACAAAGUUCUGUGACUCCUCCUGCUCCUCUGCAGCAUGGCCAGUGUUCCUGUGAGGCUCUUCAGGCUCACGGCUCAUCCUCCAGUCUUCACAGUGCGCYGCUCAGCAGACGCUCCUCCCCCUCCUCACUGUCACUCACCUCUGAUCCUCUCCGCCUGCAGCCCUCUCCUGAAGCCAUGCUCGCUGAGGUAGCACAGCUGAGCAGGCAGAACAAGCUGAUCAGGGCUCAGCUCAACUGGGCCAAGGACCUCAGUUCAGGGGUCACAGGACUGCCGAUCGGCAUCAGAGAGCGGAGAGAGUCUAGUCCCGUCAGCGCGGGGAGGCUCACACCACAAAGUGCUGGAGAGAGGAGGACAUCCGGGUCCAGCAGCAUGAACAGAAGCCAGAGCGUUCAGUCUCCUGAAGAGAAGACAUCGAGUCAACAGACCACGUCCUCCAGCUCUGUCAGUGUGGACAGCGUGCAGCAGCGCCUCCUGGAGCUCAACAGGCAGAGUGCAGCGGCCCGGAGUCGACUGCUGGAGCUCAUCGAGUUACAGAAGCAAAACGUCGCAGUCAGGGCAUCUCCCUCUGCCUCCCCCGUCCCCCACUCAGCCUUCAGUCCAAACACAGCAGACGGAAGCCGAGGCUCAGAGGAGUCGGUGCUGCUGCCUGAGCGGGACGUUCAGCCACAUCGACRGUCUGCUGGUUUUGAUGCGUCUCCACAUGGUUUUGGAACAGGAACUGGAAAAAUGCAGCAGAUGGAGAAACAGAGACAACAAGAAGGCUGGUUUGCCUUAUCUUCUCACUUGAGAUAAAACCUGAAGUUAGUUUUAUUAUUAUUAUUAUUAUUUUUUAGUAUUUUGUGGAAAUGUUUUUCAACUAUUGUAAUAAAAUCUUUUAAACUUUA